AAUGUUCUUAAAGGAAGUGUCUCGAUUGGACAAUGUGGGAGCAUGAUACAAAUCUUUUAGGGUUAGGGAGAUUAUAACUUUAAUUUGUAACGUGAACUUCUUUCGAGUUUCAUCUCUGGCAAUGGGCAGCUCUAGAACACUAUGUUACCCUCUCUGUUCUUUAAUAUUAUUUCAAGCUACGACCCUUGCGUUGGCUUCGGAUGCUAGCACAAUAAAUAAUUUUUCCAACUUCACAGUGAAUGGUCAGUUUUACUGGAUAUCUGUGUCAACGAAAAAUAACUCGGAUGCACAGGCUCAAUGUGACAACCUAGCUUCCCAGUUGGCACUCUUUGAAACAAACCAAGAAUUCACUAGCGUAGUGAAGUAUUUGAUAAGCUCGCUAGGAGGUGAAUCGGGACACAUUUCCGCCACAUGGGUAGACGUGAGAAUAGUUCUUACGUCAUCAGGUUCAUAUGAAUAUUAUUGGGCUAACGAAACUGUUUUUUCUAGUGUUUGGGCGUCGGGUAACCCUGACUGCAUACAAAAUUAUGCAGACACUUGCUGUGCAGCAAUCUUGGACUCAUCUCUUGUAAAUUACCCAUGUGGAGAAUUGGGUUUGUUUUUAUGCAAGCCGGUCAACGAAUGCAAAUCAGAAGAGAACAUUUGCUCUCAUAUCUGCACUGACUACAUCAUGGGCUACCAGUGCUCUUGCUACAACGGGUUUAUGUUGGAAAAACAAAAUGGCACCUGUUUAGACAUUGAUGAAUGCCUUCAACCAGGACAGUGUUCACAGAAUUGCACCAACACUCCAGGAUCUUACAUUUGCAGUUGCUUCAGUGGAUACGCCCCUGACGACAACGGCAUUUGCAUAGACGUUGACGAAUGUGUUCUUGCUGGGAUCUGUCAACAUAAUUGCACUAACUCUGAGGGAUCAUAUUUCUGUUCCUGCAGAUCUGGAUACGCCCUUGAUGCCAACAAUUAUUCUUGCACGGACAUAGACGAAUGCAAGACAAACAAAAGAGUGUGCAAUCAAACUUGCACGAAUACAUUAGGAUCGUACAGCUGCAGCUGCAACGCUGGCUACAUACUGGGCAAAGACUUGACGUCGUGUCUGGAUGUUGACGAGUGCGCCGCAAACGGCAGUCUGUGCAGUCAAAUCUGCAACAACACCAGUGGCUCAUACUACUGCAGCUGCUACCCGGACUAUAUUCUGGCUUCAGACAACAGACGCUGUGUGUAUACAGACGUGUGCAACGCCAGCACAAAGGAGUGUGCAUAUAUGUGCGGUGGAAAUUCCCGCCAAUGUUACUGCUACGCUGGUUGUGAAGCCGCUGGGGUCAACGACACUUAUGUGCAAGUGAGUGAGUGUUCCGUGAGAACUGGACUCUGCGACAACCUGUGCAAGAUCAGCGGCGGAGCAUACGAUUGCAACUGCAGCAGUGGAUACGCCUUCGCUGCAGACAACGAAACCUGUGUGGAUGUUGAUGAAUGUAGCCUAAACACUGACAAAUGUAGCCAAAUUUGUAGAAACACCAAUGGCUCCUACUUUUGUCUCUGCGACAGUGGCUACUACUUGAGCGGAGACAACAUCACAUGUUUCAAACAGGAUGAGUGUAUGAAGACAAAUCUGCGCUGCAGUCAACUUUGCAGCAACAUAAGUGGAUCGUUUGCCUGCACUUGUCGUCCUGGGUACGUCUUGGCUGCAGAUAACGCUACAUGUUUAUAUCUUGACAUCUGCUUGGCGAAUACAUCUAUCUGCGACCAACUUUGUACGACUACUGUCAAUGGAGUUUUCAACUGUAGUUGUUAUGCGGGUUGCUUCGGAGGGAACGAGUCUGAUUCGUACAUGUACAUAGAGCACUGUUCUGAAAUGUCAGGGCUCUGCGAUCAUGCGUGUACAGCAGGCAAUGAAUCUUACAGUUGCUGCAGCUUUGGCUAUUAUCUGGCAGCGGACAACUUUACGUGCCUGGAUAUAGACGAGUGUACUUUAAACAAAACCAUCUGCGGUCAAGUCUGCAACAACAUCAACGGAAGCUACUACUGUAGCUGUAACAAGGGAUUCGCACUUUCAAGGGAUAAUAAAACCUGUGUUGACAUCGACGAAUGCUCGAUCAUCCCGAAAGUAUGCAGUCAAAAUUGUACAAAUGUCAACGGGUCAUAUGUAUGUAGUUGUAACAACGGCUAUCUUCUUGAGAAAGAUAACACAACAUGUCUGGACAUCAAUGAGUGCACGAUGACCUUUAACCCUUGUAAACAUCAGUGCAACAACGUUAACGGCUCGUACUAUUGCAGCUGUAAAGUUGGCUACAUCCUUGAAUCAGACAAAGUCACGUGCCUGGAUCAAAACGAGUGCACUUCGAAUCAAAGCGACUGCGAACAUUUCUGCAACAACACUGAUGGGUCGUACACUUGUUACUGUCGAUCUGGAUACAGUCUAUCCUCAAAUCUACACAACUGCUCUGACAUAGACGAAUGCGCUAGAAACGUGUCCCACUGCUCCCAUAUGUGUAACAAUACCUUGGGCUCCUAUAUAUGCUCAUGUCAGACCGGUUACAGGCUUGCUUCAGAUAAUGCAACGUGUUUGGAUAUUGAUGAAUGUGCGAAUACUACCAACGAUUGCUCUCAAAUAUGUAACAACACCAUGGGUUCGUACGAUUGCCAGUGUCGAGAUGGAUACACCUUGAUCCCAUUGAACAAAACAUGCAAGGAUAUAGACGAGUGUGCAAUGAACAUUUCAAAGUGUGAACAAAUGUGUAAUAAUACUGAAGGAUCCUACACGUGUCGCUGUCGAAGUGGGUAUAAUUUAAGCGCUGACAAUAUCACGUGUCGUGAUGUCGAUGAGUGUGUCACAAAUACUUCAUUGUGUCCCGAUUUAUGCAGUAACGUCAUAGGGUCUUACGUUUGUAGAUGUCCCAGUGGCUACAUCUUAAGCGCCGACCACUCGUCCUGUUUAGAUGUGAACGAAUGCGCAGAAAAUACUUCAAAGUGCGAUCAUCUGUGUAACAAUACAGAAGGCUCGUUUGUCUGCUACUGCCGAGAAGGAUACAGACUUGCGGCGGACAAUAUGACUUGCAACGACGUGGACGAAUGUACUGAGAAUCCAAGCUUUUGCAGCGGCCAGUGCACCAACACAGAAGGUAGCUUCUACUGUCAAUGCCUGGCUGGAUAUGUCCUUAACAACUGGACAUGCGAAGAUGUAGACGAAUGCAGUGUCGCAUCCACUCAUAAUUGCUCGCACUUCUGCAAUAACACCAUCGGUGGUUUCAACUGCAGUUGCUACGAAGGCUAUACUCUUGCGCCAGAUAAGGUCACUUGCAACAUCAAAGAUCCUUGCUUCCAAGUUCCUUCUCCUUGCGGCCAAAAUUGCACUUUUGCAAAUGGCACAUAUAAGUGUUCAUGUAGAGAAGGUUACUACCUUGACCCCACUGACAAGGCCACAUGUCGAGAUAUUGACGAGUGCUUAGGUCAAAACGCAAGCUUUUGCGAACACAAGUGCGUGAACCUUCCUGGAUCAUUCGAAUGCUCUUGUCGCGUGGGGUACGCACUGUCCAUGGACGGACACACUUGUUCCAAAACUGUCACAUACAGCAAGUGCCCCUGCUCGUGCAAGACGGCCAGCAUUGAGCCUUUGACCUCUGCCGAGCAGCUGCAGCAAGUCAUCAAAGACAUCGUAGCCAUCCAGAAAAAUUUAACAGUGGAAAAAACAGGAAUCACCGCUUACAUCCUAACCAAGCAAAGUGCAAAUGACGAUCGAACCUCCACUCGGUCUGUCGGCUUUGUUGGAUUAGUUAUUUUGGUCAUGGUCUUCGUUCUGAUAAUCACACCAGACCUGAUAACGGUGAUGAAUAUUGCUAGGAAUUACUUUAAAGGGGACAGAAAAAAGAGUAUAAAGUAUUAGUUUCGACAUUUGUAUAUACUUUUUAGACUGGACAUAUAUAUAUAAAUAAAUCAUGGAUUCAUUUUCAGCUAUCUUGAAUAUUUAUAUGUUCUAAUGUUAUGUUACAUAAUCAUACCCACAUCAUAUGUACGUAUAAUAUAUAUAUAUGUGUAUAUAUUUAUUCUGUGACAUUUUAAGUAUAAGAUUUAAUGUUAUACUCAUUGCAAAUUCUUGUGUGACUUAAGAAGGCAAUUCUUGAUACCCAGCUGCGGUCACAGGUAGAGCAUCUGUAAUUACCAGGGAUUAUUGCACUUUCACCCUUCUUUCUAAUACUGUUGUGUGUGGCAUCUGCAAUCUGGGACCUUUCUAUUAUGCUCGCUCUCCAUGUGGAUCUAUCCAUUGCCACUUUUUCCCUACUGUUAGUGUCGAUUUUCAAGAGCUUCAUGUCGCGUCAGAAUACCUCAGAAGUUGAUAACAACAGGCUCUCCUGCCUUUUGUUUGAUCACCAUACAGAAAGUCUUGUGGAAGUCGACCUUGUGGUAUUUUGUGAAUGUGACCAAGAGUCAGCCAAAGCGUCUGCUGCCGAUAACAUAGCGAAUGUCCUGGCAUUCAGCUCUUCCUCAUUGGUUAUUUUAUCUUACCGCCUUCUUUUAAAGGUCCGCUUUAGACAUCGGAGAUGGAAGAUAUUUAGCUUUUUUUCUUGCCAUGGGUAGGUUGACCAUGUUUCACUUCCGUAUAGCAGAGUGCUCAUCA